AAGAGGAGGGUUCUUGGAGACGAGGGAGACAGCUGUGAUUUCUCCCCUCGUUCGAGGUUCGCGAGCUUGGAUUCUAUGUGAAAAUGCUCAGGGCGCUCGGCAAGAAUAUCGCUGUGACAUCAUUCCGCACGAUGACAUCCUCAGCAACAGAUGCGGUUGUUAUUGUCUCGUACGCUAGAACACCAAUCGGAAGUUUCCGUGGAAGUCUCGCGGCGCUCAAAGCCACCGAAUUAGGAUCCAUCGCAAUCAGAGGAGCACUCGAGAAAGCUGGUGUGAAACCCGAGCAAAUUGAUGAAGUUUACAUGGGCAAUGUUCUCCAAGCCAUGGGAGGGCAGGCUCCGGCGCGCCAAGCGAGCUUGGGUGCUGGGAUUCCCACAUCGGUUCCAUGCACUACGGUGAAUAAAGUCUGUGCGUCCGGAAUGAAGGCGAUAGCAAUGGCUGCCCAAAAUAUCCUCACUGGGGAUGCCGAGAUCAUGGUCGCCGGCGGCAUGGAGAGCAUGAGCAACGCACCAUAUUACAUGGCGCGGGGUGAGACACCGUAUGGUGGGAUCCAGCUCAAGGAUUCGAUCGUCCAUGACGGACUAUGGGACGUGUACAACCAAUUCCACAUGGGCAUGUGCGCCGAAACUACCAACGAGAAGCUUAAUAUAACUCGCGAAGAUCAGGACACAUACGCACAAAAGUCUUAUAAACAAGCACAAGCGGCGGCUGCGAACGGGAUAUUCAAAAGAGAGAUCGUUCCCGUUACGAUCAAAGGAGUUCGCGGAAAACCCGACACUGUGGUUACCGACGACGAAGAGUACAAGAAAGCCGAUUUUGCCAAGUUCCCAAGUCUCCGGCCCGUUUUCAAGAAAGACGGUGGUUCCGUCACCGCUGCCAACGCUAGUUCUCUGAAUGACGGUGCCGCUGCGGUUGUACUGAUGUCUCAAGCGAAGGCCUCUUCCCUCGGUUUGACUCCUUUAGCCAGAAUCGUUGCUUUCGGAGAUGCCGCCACAGAACCCGUGGACUUUCCGUUGGCUCCGAACCUUGUCAUGCCAAAGGUUCUGAAGAAAGCCAACCUCAGUCUGGAUCAGAUUUCCAUGUUCGAGAUUAACGAAGCAUUCAGCUGUGUGGCUGUCGCUGCGAUCAAGACCCUCAAGCUGGACCCGUCGAAAGUGAAUGUCAACGGAGGCGGCGUCUCGAUCGGACAUCCCAUCGGCAUGUCUGGAACGAGGAUCGUCGGCCACAUGGCUGUGAACUUGAAAAGCGGCCAAUACGGACUAGCCGGAAUCUGCAACGGUGGUGGAGGUGCUGGAGGAAUGCUCCUCCAGGGGAUUUGAUCGGAUUCGAAUCCAACGAAGUCGGCAACAAAUCAAACCCUCAAUUGGGGCUCGUGAAACUCCUAUGCGACGGAUAAGCGAAUUUGCAGGAACCUCUGUGAGAUCCUGCGGCUUGGGAACACCGAUCCUUUCGAUUCGGUGUACUUCCCUGCAUCUAUCGAUGCGAACGGAAUAUUUUGCAUAAUUUCAUCUCAAUUCAUCGGUGAUAUGAUAGUAAAGUACGAAUUUUAU